GUAUAUGCGAUAGUGCGAUAGACAGCUACGCAAGCAGCAAGCAAAGAAAAUAUGUGUUAAAAUUAAUAUUUAUUUUUCAAUUCGAGCAACUUGUACAUUAGUGAAAUAGUUAGUCACAGCCAGCACAUAAAUCAUGGCGUCCGCAACGGUAAGAAAUGUGCCAUUAUUGGACGAUGAUACGAUACCCUUUGGCGAGGAGGAUGACAUGCGUGAUCCCAGCCAAGCUGGUCAGAAAUACACGCACCCUUAUGUCACCUUCUUUCAUUUAUUCUUUCGCGGUGCAUCCAUUGUGAUUUACAUGUUCUGCGGCUGGUUCAGCGAUUCCUUCAUUACCAGUUUUGUUUUCGUUGUGCUCUUUUUAUCCGCCGAUUUCUGGACUGUGAAGAAUAUCUCUGGCCGACUUUUAGUUGGAUUACGGUGGUGGAAUUACGUCGAUGACGAUGGCAAAUCACAUUGGGUGUUCGAGUCGAAGAACGGUCGUGUCAACAAACAUGAACAGCGUAUUUUCUGGCUUGGACUCAUACUAUGCCCACUGUUCUGGGGUCUCUUCUUUCUGAUGGCACUCUUUGGACUCAAGUUCAAAUGGCUGCUGCUAGUCAUGAUUGCCAUAGCCCUGAAUGCGGCCAAUCUCUACGGUUAUAUCAAGUGCAACUAUGGCGCAGGCAAGGACUUGAAUAGCGCCGCCACAGAUUUUGUGAAGACGCAACUCUUCAAGAAUGCCGUUGACAUGAUGACCAAACCCAGUGCAGGCGCCCCACCGACCAAUGUCCGGCCAACGGGAGUUGUGUGAAUAUUGAAUGCCCAGCCAACUUGCCAACACUAUUUCUGCAUCAGCGGCGCAUUCCAAAGAGUAUUUAGUCCUUAUGCUAAUAAUGUAACUGUGGCCGAUGUCUCUGUGUAUCUGUAUCAUAUGUAAUUCUUAAUUUAGCAUUAACUUUUCUUACAUUUACGCAGCUUUGUAUUGAUUUAAAAUAUACAUAUGUACUGGUAAA